UAAAUCCUGAGACGAUGUUGUUGCUAAGCGAUGCGACGCUCACGCACACACCGCUUCCGAGUUCUGUUUCUCUCCGUUACGUUUAAUAUAUAAACAAUCUCUCCUCAACAAACGAUUAUUUAUGUGUGAAAGCGUUUUGUAUUAGGCUACUCUCGCGCCAAGGAACAUGUCAUCAACGCAAGAAACGCUCUUCUCACUGGAACUGGUGAUCGAUCACGUUCGCUUUGACGGGUCACGUGGCAAUGUUUUGGAUCCUGCGGUGGCUGUUCGCUUCUUAGAUUUCCCCACGCUGCUGAUAUACCAAUCAAAACAAGAGCAUCUUCCAUCUAAAUCGGGAUCACCUGAGGCUAUAUCUCAAGCAGAUGAUGGAGAACAUCUCAAGUUUUUCUUCCGUAAAGGCAAAUCGUGUCUUUUUAAAAUCAGUCUGCACGCGUUGCACGCUCAUCUCCUGAACACCCCUCUCUACGCAAUGGUGUUGGAUGUAAAAGAUGACAUUCCCAGACUUAUAGGAAGCUCUUUGAUAUCCCUCGCUAAAGUGAUGGAGAAAAUCAAAUUAGAUGUUGAAAAACACGGUAUUGGCAACCCAUCCGCUUAUGCAGAGAGACUGAGCACCCCAGUAUGCAAUCUAAUGGGCAACAGCAUUGGUGAUAUUUCUCUGGCGUAUAAGAUUGUAAGUCUGGGAGCUCAUUUAAUUCCUCAUAUCCCAGAAAACAGAGUGUUUGAAGUUGGUGGGGCCCUUGGAAAAGGAGAAAAACACUCAUCGGUGCGUGCAAGAUUUAAUGAAAAAGAUGAAAUGCCUCCGAAAGUACCUGAGAACCAUCCUGGGGAUGUCCUUUUACAACAAAUUAACCCUGCCGGACAAUCUGCCGAUAUAAUGACCUCAGAGGCAAAGCAGCCAGGGCUUCCAGCUUUUACUCAGACUGAACAGGCACAGCAGCGGAUCUCGUGGUCUGAAGAUGCACAGGAACACACCACAUUCUGUCCUCCUCCUCUGUUUUACACCUCCAGCGUGAAGAACCCACAGGAGAGUAAAAGCUUUACGGGGUUAUUUGCUGCAAUGGAGAACCUUAAUAUAGAGGAUCCAGAAGAUGGAAAUAAUGAAGUAGAAUCAUCUGACGUGCGUGAAUUUGCAGAGAUCAAAUUUGGAUCGAGCAAGUUAACUUCAACUCCAAAGCCACAGCAGCUUAAAGAGACGUCCUCAGCUUCAUUUGGGGAUGUUAUCAGACAGUUACCGCUGCUGAACGCUUUAUUAGUUGAGCUCUCACAGCUGAACGUCCAGACGGCGCAGCAGCAGCAGGUCUUAUCGGUUCAUCCUAACCUAGCGUGGUUGAAAGUGAAAGCUGUAAAGAGAGGCAAAGAAAAAUCGCAACCUAAGAAGCCGCUUAAAUACGGCUUGACAAACACUUUUCGUCUCAGACUCAAACUGCUCAAACCAGGCACUAAAAGGCAUGAAUGCAUCGGAUACCAGGAUGCAAAACAGAACCAGCCUUCAUCAUCUGACCAUAAACGCAUUCGUAGGGCAGCUAGAAGAGGUGUUUGUUUGGAUGAAACUGUUGAAACACUAAUAAGCAGUUUUGAUAUGCACCCGACACCAACUGAAACUAAAACAAGAUCAAGCAUUCGAAAAAACAUCACAAAUGAGGAACGUCAUUUGACUGAGAAAGACAAAAAAGUUCAUGUUCCAAGUCAGUAUUCAGAGAGCGGUGACCAGGAUUCAGCUUCAUCUGUUCAUGAUUCAAAGCUUAGCUUCCGCAGAGGAGAGAGUAGAGCAAGGACAAGCUUGAGUAGCGGCUCCUACGGACAAGAAGAGUAUCAGGAUGACUUCACCAGCCUAAACACAACCGAGGGAUACUCACCCGACCCCUUCAGCAGUCCAGAACCGAGCAGACGUAAAAGACACAGCGGUUCAAGCUCUUCAAGCACCUCUCAUCCAAGCAAAGGUCUGCCUGUUCCUGCCAAAGCAGAGAACUCUCCACAACGCGCUCUCAAAAGCACGCACGUCAUCCGGCCGCGUCUUCAGACCUCCGCUCUGAGUCUGUCUUCAGAUGAGGAUGAGUUUGGGUCUGGAGGUCACGGGCGUGGAUCGCAGAGCAGUGGACAAAAGACUCCAUCUGUGCACAGGACAUUUGGAAAAUCGGAGAGCUUUGACAGUGACGCUGGUGAUAAGGGCAUGACAUUUAGCCGGGUGUCAGAGGCUUCGGAUUUAGCCGUUAAUAACCCGGUGCUAAAGUCCAUUUCAUCUUCAGAGCAUGAUGAGGAACGGGAUGAACUGGGCUCUCUGGGACUGGACAAGAACUACCGUCACAUUUCAGAACUGGUGAUCAACAAACUCCCAGGAUAUACGCUGUGAUUAAACAAUGUUAAUCUAAUAGUGAAACUAGCGAACAUCUGAUUUAUUAGUCAAUAUGAAUAACGUUUUUAUAUACUGGACUGUUGCAUAGAACUGCAUUCAUUGGCAAGCAGUCUUUUGUGUGGUCAUUCUGUUUUAACGAAUGCAGCUUUUGAUAUGUAUUUAUGAAAUGGUAUUGUUAAUUCAUAUUUCAUAAUUUGUGAAACGGCAAAUAAACAAGCAUUUGUUACAGCAAUAAACACACAGUCCAAAUCA